GGCGCGGCUUGGCGGAGCCUUAACAGCUAGGCCCGGCCCUGGGGCGGGGUGGAGGGCUGGGGUCCGGUGGUCGGGGCCCCGUGCAAGGCGGAGAUGGAAUGGGGCCCAGGCUCAGACUGGUCCCGGGGGGAGGCUGCCGGCGUGGACCGUGCCAAGGCGGGCCUGGGGCUCGGCGGGAGGCCGCCCCCGCCGCUGCCACCGCCGCCCCGCGACGAGCGCGCCCAGCAGCUGCUGGACGCGGUGGAGCAGCGGCAGCGGCAGCUCCUGGACACCAUCGCCGCCUGCGAGGAGAUGCUGCGGCAGCUGGGCCGCCGCCGGCGCGCGGAGCCAGCUGCUGGCGGGAACGUCUCAACCAAAGCGGCAACGCUGUCACAACCAGCUGUCCCUGCCAGGGGUGGCUUUCCAAAGGACUUGGGCGAUGGAGCUGCAGAGCCCUGAUCAGCGCCCAGACUUCUCUCCAUCCUUUGAUUCCGGUGGCUGGACUGAGAAACAAUUCCCUCUGUAAAGGGGCCAGUCUUCACCGGUAGUGGCUGAUACUCAGCUCUUGGCCUGGGGUGGCACAGCUCUGCAAGAAGCUGGUUCACUCCCACUUCAUCCUGGCUGAAGGCAGUUGCUGAGCUUUGAAAUGCAGCCAACGAAUACCCAGUGUCAUUACUCGGAUUUGGACAGACCAGCAGUGCUUGCCAGAAUAGUUUGGGCUGCUUGUGGAAAUCCAGGUGUUGUUACAUGUCCUUGUCAUGCUUUAGGUGGGGUUGGAUCCCCCCAAAAAUAUUUGAGCAGAGCCUUAUUAAAAAGGAA